AUGGUAUCCAGUGUGGAAGAAUCGCAGGCCCCAGUGCUUGUUGGGAUCUCGAUUGGGUUCGCAAUAUUGACAUUCCUCGUCAUAUCUCUUCGUCUGUUUGCCCGAAUAUAUGUGCUGGGAAAGAUGAGUGUUGAUGACUUCUUAAUUAUUGGUGCUUGUCUUCUGGCUUGGGCUUUUAUUGCAGUCACCAUGGUUUGUGUCAAGUAUGGAAUGGGAAGACAUAUAGACGAUGUCGACCAGAGCAAGCUGAUGGCAUAUGCUUUUUCAGUCUGGUUGAGUUCAAUGUUCUACCUGGCUUGCCUAGGCUUCGUCAAGACCUCCGUGCUCUGGUUCUACACUCGAUUGGGUGAUCGCUAUCUCACUCGCUUGUCUUACACCAUGUUCGGGGUUGUCACGGCACAGGCUACAGCCAACGUUCUAGUAGCUGCGUUUCAAUGCCAACCUGUAUCCAAGGCCUGGGCGACCACCUUGCCUGGCCACUGCGUCGACAUCAACGUCUUCUAUCUCUGCAAUGCUGCUCUCAACAUCUUUACCGAUGUUCUGACCUAUACGUUACCAAUUAAGGUUAUAUUCAACCUUCAGAUCCCGCGGAAGCAGAAAAUCGCGCUUGUCUUUACCCUUUCGCUUGGUUUAUUUGCCUGCGUCUCGUCCAUCAUUCGAAUCACCUACAUCCCAGCCAUGCUUAGCUCCCCCGACUCGACCUACGUGAUCAGCGGCGCCAUGUACUGGUCGGUCAUCGAAACCAACGUCGGAAUCUUCGCCGCCUCCAUCCCAUCCUUCAAGGCGAUUGCCUCCCGCUUCCUUCCCCGCAUCAUUGGCGAAUACAGCAGUCAGAAAAAAUACGGGCCAUGGUCGGACAGCGGAGAACAGGGUCGACGGUACGGGUACGGCUCGAAUUUCUCGAAAGCUCGCGACCCGCAUGCGAUCACUUUGGGCACGAUGGUUGCAGAUGAUGAUCAUGAUUAUGGGGCUCAGGUUCACACGGGAUACCAAGGCAACUCGAGUGAAGAGAGGAUCAUCAUUCCUGAAGGGAAGAUUCUCGCUCAAACGCAUAUCUCGACCAAUGUCGAGGUACAGCGGGACUAUUCGGAUAGUCUGUCGUUCGAUCAUGGGCGUCGUCAGUCCUAG